AUGAAAGAAUAUAACGUUAGUAAUUCUUUUUCUUCAAAUAAUGUUAUCAACAAAAACGAUAAUAUUAUAACAAAUAAUGACAACUAUUCUAAAUUUGUAGAAAAUGAACAAGAAAGAAGUCGUAAAAAAAAUAUAGAUGAUAAUGGAUUAAGUAACCUCGAAGAGAAAAAAAGUAUGUGUAUUGAUAAAAUAGGAUUUUAUGAAAUAGUUUUGAAACAACUUAUAGAUGAUAAUUUAAUUGAUUCUUAUAAGGUUUUGAAAAAAGAGUUAAAUUUGCAAGAAAAUAAAAAUGUUGAAAAUGAUUACCUUUUUAAUACAUAUACAAAAAAUAUAUGCAAGCCUUCUGAAUUUAACAAUGAACAAGAUAUAAAGAGUUUAGUUAAUGUUGAAUCAUUAAAUAAAAAAAUAUACACAUUUAAUGAUUCAGUGUUAAAUUAUGAUAUAAAAAGUGAAAAUAUGAAAAGAUUAUAUAGUUAUGAAAUUAAUGAUCGUAUUGAAUUAAUUCACAGAAAUAAAUGUAUUUGUUGUGAUACCAAUUACUCAUAUAAUAUUUUAUGUUCAGGUGGUUUAGAUAAUGUUGUAAAAAUAGCUAAAAUAUAUGAUAUAAAAAAAAAAAAAAUUUAUAAUAUAGAUAGACAUACAGGAAAAGUUAACUGCGUAAAGUUUCAUCCUUUUAAAAAUAUUUUAUUUUCUGCCAGUGAUGACUGCACAAUUCAAAUCCUUGAUGUUAACAAAUUAAUUAAAAAAAAAAAACAAGCAAAUAAAUUUAGCUUAAAUGAAAGUAUAAACAAAGCACAUAAGAAUAUUUUAAUACAAGAUAAAAAUCCAUUUAUAUGCUUGUAUGUUCAUCCAUGUGGUGAUUUUUUGUAUACAAGUAAUAAAAAUGAAAAUAUAUUAAAAAUGUAUGAGCUUGAAACUUUAACAUGCUAUAUUUCUUUUGAUAAAAAAAAUUUUCAUACAUCAUCAAUUAAUAGCAUUAGUGGAACAUCAGAUGGAAACAUUUAUUCAUCAGUUUCUGAUGAUGGUCAUAUAAAGUUUUGGGAUGGUCAUAAUUCCAAAUUAAUACACACACAAGCUAAUGCGCAUAAUGGUUAUUCUGUUCAAUCAAUUAAAUUUAAUAAGUCUAAUUUUUAUAUCUUAACAUCUGGACUUGAUGGGCAAACAAAAAUUUGGGAUUUAAGAAAUUUUAAAUCAUUAUUUACAUUUGGUAAUGGAUUAUCAUGUUCUUUUAAUAAAAGUAUUUUUAUGAAUAAUGAAUCAUUUAUAGCUAAUAUAGUUCAUACAAGUGAUAAUUUCUCAUCAUCUCAUUUUUAUAUAUAUAAUUCAUAUUUUGGAAAUAUGGAAUACAACAUACAAAAUAUACAUAAUGACCAAAUUUCUGAUAUUGUUAAUGCAAAAGACUCGUUGAAUGUUCACACAGCUAGCUAUGAUUGUGUAUGCAAAACAAUUAAAAUUGAACAGAAAUAUUUGCAUGCUUAUAACUAA